AUGGGGGAGGAGGCAGAGAGGCACCCCAUCGAAGCGUGGGACCGCGUUGUUCUACCACUCUCUCUGUGUUCGGACGAAAAAGGGGCAAAUCAGACUCGCGGGAUACACUCCGUCACCGUGACGACCAAGGAGCACGGCGUCGAGGCGGAUCUUCUCCUUUCCACGUGGGUCCUUGCGGAGGGUUUCUCGCCCCAUGCCUGUGUAUGCAGGCCGUGUUCAACGUUCGGUCUCCCCAUUCUCCAGCACAACGGCACCGAGACACGGUGUACUCGGCCGGGGUCGUCCAGGGCUGUUCCGUCUCUGGGGCUAUGA